UAUGUCGAACUUAAAUCUUUAACUGGCAAUCAGGUUGUCAUUGAAAUAACUGUUCUACAGACAAGUCUUUAAAUGUCCCAACAAAUUACACGUUUAACCCAACCCACAAGUUUCCUACAGCGAACACUUUAACAUAUUCAUAUUCUUUGGUAUUUGUCCAAUUACAAGGGAUAAAAUUCAGAGAGCUCGUACACAAACAUCCUUCCGAAAUGGCAUUCACUUACAAAGAACUUAUCGAAGUGGCCAUUGGUUCCCCGGAGUCGGGACACGUUAACUUUUAUGCCUUGCAAGUUCUGUUGACGUGCUUUGCCCAACGCUUGGAUGUCUUUGAUCAGGUCGUCGUGCAGGAUGAUUACAUGAUGACCAACGAUCGCUUCCAGAAAAGUUUAUUAAAUUUGAGCAAAUCCCGGAUGCCUCGUAUGUAUGCUGGAGCGGAUGUUGAGGGAGAUGCUCCGACAGAGGCGCCAGCCGAGGAUGCACCUCCGCUUGCCGAGGCCGAAGAGGCUCCUCCAGUUGCCGAGGCUGAAGAGGUUGCUCCAGUUGACAACGCCGAAGAGGAGGCCCCUCCGGUUCCUCAGAGCGAAGACGUCCCAGCGGAGGAAGUCGCUACAACGGAACCAACCGAGGCUGUGCCAGAGCCAGAACCAGAACCAGAACAAGAACCGGCAGCUUCUAGGCAUAGUCAGGAAGAAGUUCCGGUCUCUCAACCUGAGGCGGAACAUUCACAAGGUUCAAAUCCCUUGGAAGACGAAAAGUGCGUCUCUGCCGUGCCAUCACAGGGAUCUCACCGCUCCGAAAAAACAUCUCUUGUCUCUCUAAAUGGCCACUUUCUACGCUUGGAAGCACGUCACAAAAUAGAGCUAUUCAACGAAAAGGGUGACAUAGAAAUGAAGCACUUUGUAAACAAUCUCACGGGGCAGGUGAAGAUCAUCGUGAAGCAGCUUGAUAACGUAACUCACAUGAUGUUGGACCGAAGACAGGAUCCUCAGAGGAUAAAGAUACUGCGCCACUUUGCCAAAGAGCUGAGGGUGUUAAUGAGAGCGGCAGACGAAGAGAUUUCCAUCAGAUCGUCCACUAACGAGGACGAGCAGGGUGAAGAAGAGAUGGGGCUGCUAGAAGAAGUUCAAGAGGAAUCCUCUGGAAGUACGGAGAAGGUCGAGGAAGAGCAGGUUGAGGAAUUUGGGCUAAAAUCCUUAUGCUACUCCCCAAGUCGAAUUCUCAACGAGCUGUUGGAUCAUAAGGCACAAUUUUGCGCUCUGUCCAACAAGGUCAACGAUCUGACAGCUGCUUUCAAUAAGCAGGACUCCCAAAAGCUUUUGGGUACGAUUACUGAUCUGCAGAGCACUUUGAGGGAGGUCAAAAUUUACAUGACCACCAAUACGGAGACCAAUGGCCUGAUGAUGACUCGUUUACAAGUUCUUGAGGGUGACUCCGACAUGUUGAAGAAGUCCUCUGUCCAUUUGGACAUGGUGAAAUCAGAUAAGUCAGAGAUAGAACUUCUGCUGGCCGAGAAACCGAACUUCGACCAACUGGCGACCAAGGUGUCGCUGGAACAGCAGGAUUUCAAGGAGAGGCAAGAGGCUAUGUUCUGCGAGACCCAUAACCUCAUCGGUACCAACGAAAAGAACGUCCUGCAGAUCAUCGACAAUCUUCGCAUGUCAAUGGGCAUCGAUGUACUGGAGCUCAGUUUUAAAGACUUCCGUGAGAUGAUCGAGCGGAAGGUGCACAUGAUUGCAGACGCACUACAAAAAUAUAUGGAGCUAACAAACGAUGAUUGUGCCGCCGCCGCUGGCAGGGUCAAGGUGAUGACCGAUCUGGCCUGUCUCUCCUGCGACACCGAAUGUGUGAUGCGGACCGUGGAACGCUCCAAGGUGCCCACGCUCCCCACGGCAAAGGGCUCCACUGGCCUGGGUCCCCUUAUAACAUUUGAGCUGGGACAGAUCCGUAAGUCUGGUGCCACGAGUACGUGGGCAAAGGGUGUUUCCGGAGCACCCAUGGCCAAGUGCACUCAAAGGCAUGCGGGAGGAACGCACACUAUUCACACGGCCGAAGAGCACAUGCAGAAGGUGUUGCUAUCCAAGAAGAACACUGUGUUCACAUAAAACCUAAUAGCUUUUCAAGAAUUAUG